AUGGUUGAGUAUGCGGGUCGCACUCAGAAAAUGCAUGAAAACAUAACAAGAAAAGUGGAACAACUGGUGGCUGAUAUGACACGACAACUGAUCGCAAACGCCGGCAACCAAGAGGAUGUUGAGGUGGAAGUGAAAAUGUUUUUUGGGAAGCUUAUCGGCAGUCCAGAAAAUGCAACUAGUCGGAAGUUAGUUCAUUACUAAUUUUUUGAAAAUUGGAAACAAUUUCGAAGGAAGCCUUGGAAAACAUGGUUCCAUAAUUCAUGACGACUCUAUCAAUCUGUUCGUGAACUGCCUUGCGUGCAACACUUGGAAGAAUCACUUCACGUGUCCGACGGUUUGCUCAGGAUGGUCUU